AUGCAAUUCAGUCCCCUUCUCACGAUUUUUGCGCUGGCGGCGGUUGCUUUCGCUCAAUACGAUGAACCCUGUGGCAGUGCCAAGAGGUGUGAAGCCGAUUGUCCCAGCAAUGAUUUCUUCCCUAUGAUUGAUCAGUGUGAUCUUGUGGACGGCAAGCCAGACUGCUAUGUCAAUUUCUACUGUGCUUAA